AUGUCGGACGCCUGGGCCGACUCACUCUCCGAAGAUUGGAUCUCUCAACCCCGCGACUCCCCGCCCCCACCCCCGUCAACCCGCAUCCUGCACGAAUCUAGCACUACCAAUCGGCGCCCCACUUCGUCGGCCUCUUCGACUGGCACCGAGAACAUCCGUUCCUCCUCCGCCAAAGACACUCCAGAAUGGAAACGAAUGGUAAUGGAGGACUUCCGCGCCCCAGGCGGAAAAGAUCUUUUCUCACCAAUGCCGCUGGAGUGUAUGUUCCGCCCGCCGACCAUUGGUGGCAGCCCAGACCCCAUUAAGAAGCGCCAGGAGGCAGAGCAGCGGUGGAGGGCCAGUACGUCCCCCGAGGGAGGAGUGUCUACAUCGCCGGAAAGGAAUAUUGCGGUACCGCGCAAUAAGAAAGUUUCGUGCGCCGUUGCAUUGCUGACACCGGAGGGUACAUCGGACCGCAAGAAUGAGAAUUGGAGUUCAAUACGGGCCCUUGGUGAUGCUACCACGGAGGAGGCAAAGAAUAAGGAGGAUAUACUAGAUAUGGUGGACCGAUUGCGGAUGCUGAAGAAUCCUGGUAACCGCUCCUUUGGUAGUUCGCCGGUGCCGGGCUCAGUUGGGGUCACGCUUGCCAGUGACUCGCAAUAUCUGCCUAUGGGUUCUGACGACGAGGGCUCUGAAGCCGCAGAUACGGUGCCUGAGCUAGGGUCAGCACCGCCAACGGUCCCGAGAAGGAGGAAAAGUUUGGAUGCCAAUGCCAGCGAGAUAAGCUCAGUGUAUCCAAGCUCACCACCUGUUGUGGGAUUGGGAUACCAGUACGAUUCAGAGGCAGAGGAUGAUGACUACGAUGCCUCCUACCUUGAUGCCUCUGGCUCUGGUUCAGAGGACGAUCCCCCCUUCGUAUCACCCCUAAAGCAGUACCCACCCGCCGAGGAACUCGCAAGAAGGCUGCAGCUAGCGUCCCCUUUCCUUCCCUCUAGUCAGGACCCCCAGCCUCCUAACCUAGAAGAACCCAGCAAGCGGGCCGCCCCUGCCCUUCCGCCGCAGGGCGAACCCCUAGGUUACUCCAUCCUCGACAACAUUCGACGGCACAAAGACGCCCCGAAAUCACCAGUCAAGCCAACACCACCGAGUAGAGACGAUUCUGCGAGCCCAGACGAGCGCGAAGACCCCUUCUUCACACCACACGCCUUCCGCCAUCAGCUACUGGAUAUUGACCUCAACGGCGAUAACAAAACCCGCACUAGCGGCAGCCCAUUGAAGCUCUUUGCGAGCUUCUACGAUACAUACACUAAUAAGCGACUUACGCAGCGACUGGGAGAGUUAGAGACAAGCGCGAACGUCUCCGGUAGCGACGACGACGAGGAGGUGAAGGAGGAAGAGCAGGAGGAGAGUGUACGUGCCCAGGAGAUUGACGAGGCCGUUAGCCCUACCACCACAGACAUCUCAUACUCUGGUGCUGGCGCAUCGGCAGUCGUCAACCGCCUCGAGAAGCUAGUGCUGAAACAAGAGAAACGGCGAGCCAGGCCGGCAGAGCCGCAACGUCACGGUAGUGCCCCGGAGGUGCGAGGGCCCAUUGAAGAAGGCCACCGAAAGCACCGUAGGUGGAGAAGCGACGAGAGCGGGACUGCUACUGCGGCAUCGGACACAUCUUCACGAACCCCCGUAAAAGAGCGGACACCGAAGAGGGUACGCAGGAAUAUUAACGGUGUGUAUAACCAGCGAGGGCCAUCGAGCGGAGUACCACCAGUACCAGGACCACUGGGUUCAGUUAAGACCGAGGAGGUCAGAGCGGUAGAGUGUGUCACGCCAACUGGGGGUGCGAAAAGGAAAGAUCGAAAGGUACCCGUGCUCAAGAAAAACUACGAGUACGGCGACAAUCUUCUCUCUCCUGGUGCGUGUAAAGGGCCACGAAAAGAUCUGGUCGUCUUCUCAGGUAGCCACGGCGACGGCGCAGAAGGCGAGCCCUUUGAGAUGCCGAGUCCCAUGCAGCCAGAGACUGUCCGGAAAGGCAGUGUAACAACACAAGACUUCCUCGACCAGGCUGACGCAGUCAUGAACCGAAUUCGCGACCGCGGCCUUCAUGGCGUCGCACUCGACUUCCAGAGCCCCGACCGCAGCCAAUGCGACGACGGUUCCUUCUACGACGAUUCCUCCGUCCGCCGCCACUCCCUCUCACCACUACGGAAUGAAGUCGAGCACUCUCAUGAGGGCUCCUUUAACCAAGAGGUCGGUACAACUAAAACUGCAGUAUCAACUUCCUCACGCAAGAGCGCAGUAGAGGUAAUCUCCCCGCGCGACGGUGUCAUGUCGCAUCACCUGGCUCUGAAAAAUAACGGCAUGCGCUUCGACGAGAAGAAGAUGACGUGGGUGAAGCGUGACGACGACGGUAAUGAAGUAGCGCGGGUUGAGGAUAGUGAUCCGUUCACAGGUAUCUCAGACUUAAGCGUCGACUCUCAGGAGGAGGCGCGGGCGCUAGAACUGGCGAGAAGGAACUGGGAGGGUAUGGCGAGCGAUGGUGAGAAGAGUGGGCUGUGGCCGAGUAGUCGCAUGAUCGGUAUUGACGAGGAAGAUGAAGAAGACGGUAUUGGUGAUGAGACGUGGGAUCGCCAGCAGUGGUUUGGCGAUCAAGGAACAGGAGGAGAGGAGGGCGAGGGAGUUGUGGGAAGUACUGUGGGUAGCGGAAGCAGUGAGCGGAGCAGUCGCUCUACAAGGCCUGGGUCGGGUGCUGAGACUCGAACAACAAGUUAUGGUAGCGACGAGAACAAGGAGAAACUUCUUGCUGUAGAAGAAGAGGAAGACGACGAAACAGAGGAGAUCAAGCGAGUUUCCACUGCCUCCGCUGAACCACUGCGUAGGACACCACGUAAUGUCUAUGCAGAAGACUACGAGUCACCCACCGCCAUGAUAAGACAAGAACAGCACUCUUCGAGCCCUGGUGGACACCCAGUUCUAUGGACAGACGAGGGAGACUCUACGACUGAUGGUGGCGCAGAGGGCUAUGGAGCCCUGCGAAAACCGCGCAGGAAUGUGUCUCGUACAUUCUCCGGCGUUGGAUACCGUGGUGCUGCCAGAAGGAAAUCUAGUGGAGCGAGGACCUUCAUUGGGAGGCCGAUAUCGCGUAUCACAGAGGAAGAGGAGGAUGAUGGGCACCACCAUCAGCAUCAUGGCCACGGCCAUGGAAAUCCCAUCCUCAAUCCGGUGCUACAGCGUGAACUUAGCAGGAUCAGCAUGAGCAGUGCACUUACGCCGCUGCCCUCUCCUUUUAUUAGUAAAAUGAGUAUCAAUAAUAGUAUCCGCAAAGUCGGCGAUAUCUCCUUCCAGAUGACCCCCCUGGCAGACCUAAGUUAUCAAUUCGAGACCACCGACGCCCUAAUAAACCUCGAGCUCUCCUUUUUCGCCACUCGCAAAGGUAAAGCCGGCACCACCGACAUCAAGUCUGUCGAAGCAUCGUUUAGCACCGCGCGCGCCAAUCUCCUCAAAAAUCUGACCGAUGUACAGCCAUACGAGCCCUACUGGGACCACAUGAAAGUCCUCGACCUUUCAAAACGGAAGGUGGAAACAUUGUUCACACUGAACGAGUGGUGUCCACGACUGGAGAAGCUGGAUGUUAGUGAUAAUGAGCUGGGUCAGUUAUCAGGUGUGAGCGACAGUGUGAGGGAGCUUAAGGUUGCGGGGAACUUUUUGAGCUCAAUUACGCAUUUUGGCCAUUUGGUCAAUUUACAGUAUUUGGAUAUCAGCAGAAACGGGUUGGAGAGUUUAGAUGGGCUGAGGAGUUUAGUCCAUUUGAGGGAGGUGAGGGCUGAUGAUAAUGUGCUGGAGAGUGUCGAGGGUGUAGUGAGGAUGGAGGGGCUGUGUGUGCUUAGGGCUAGGAGGAAUAGGCUGGUGGCGGUCGAUUUUGGGAAGGCAAGGAUGCACCGACUGACAGAGCUCGACCUCCGCGGCAAUGCCAUCUCGGACAUCACUGGUCUCCAAAACCUGCCUGCCCUCAUCAACCUCAAUCUUGACCAAAACAACCUAGACACGUUGCACCUCCCUGCUGCUACUAAAAUGGAUACGAUCCGCUGCGUAAAGUUGACACAGAACUACUUCACAACCUUUGAUGUCACACCCUUCCCCAACCUCCGUAUCCUCUAUAUGGAUAAUAACCGUCUCCACACCAUCACUGGCCUGACUCGCGCCAAACACCUUGACGCCAUUUCCGUCCGCGAGCAAGAUCACGAGCUUUCACUGAAGCUCGAGAGAAUGUAUGAGGCGCGGAAAAUUUACAUGUCUGGUAACCCGCUGCGAGAGCUGUCGCUCAAGCUCGACUUUCUGAAUCUGCAGUACCUGGAGCUGGCGAGUGCACAGUUGACUGUGCUUCCGAAAGACUUUGGAGAGCUACUGUGUAACACUAGAGUCCUGAAUUUGAACAAUAAUGCGAUUUCGGACCUGAAGCCGUUGUUGGGCAUUAUCAGAUUGAAGAAGUUGCUCCUCGUCGGGAAUAGAGUUAGGAGCGUAAAGAAAAUUGCAUCUGUCCUGAGCGGGUUCCCGAGUUUGAGUUAUCUGGACCUCAGGAUGAACCCCCUCACCAUUGGAUUCUACCCGCCGUCAUCCGUGCGCAAAGCCAUAAAGAGCGCAGAGGACCCGGAUGAGUACGCUAAAGACCCGUUCACUAUGAUGCCUGCGGACGAGAGCAUCGAUGCCACGUUCCAAGCCCAAUUGGAUAUCGAUUCUGCGGUAGUCAGGCGUACAUAUGAGAUCACGAUUGGGAGACGCUGCCCGAGGAUGAAAGAGCUCGAUGGUUUGCCGUAUAAUAAAGAGGGGUCGAUGAGAGAGGACGAGGUGUGGGCUGAGUUGGGGAGAAGAGGCUUAGUGAGGAUAGAGCCAAAGGCGGUGGAGAAAUAG